AUGAUAAUUAAAUGGUAUGUAAUAGCCGCGGCAGUGCCCCGCACGCUCGCUCGCCGCUCGAUCCAUCUUCCGCGAGACGAAAACGAAACCGAAAACUUGUCUGCGGCCUGUCUGAUCAUCGAUCCAUCAACGCAGCCCUGCUGCAGUCACAACAACAACAACAACAGCAACAAUGGUUUUGGCUUGCGAUUUCCGAUCAGCGAAGCCGAUCUGACAAAUACAGUCAAGGACUAUGCUGAUGUCAUUCGUAAAUCCCGAAAUCUGCCCACGUCAUUUCCUAGUAAGAACUGGGUGCAGCGUUUCUUGCGGAGGCAUCCAAUGAUUAAAAAGAAGCUCUCCAGGAAUCUUUCGCGAUCCGGCGCCAAGGUAAGCGAAGAGCUGCUUCGGCAAUGGUUUUCGGAAGUAGAAGAUAUACUUCAGGAAGAGGGAAUUGAUCUAUCAAUUUUUAACAACCCGAAACGUAUCUUCAAUUUCGACGAAUCUGGUUUUCAACUUAUUCCGAGAAACUUCAAAGCGCUUUGUGGACCACAUGAUGAAAACGUUUACCACGUGAGUAACAACUCCGAAAAAGAAUGCUUUACUGCACUUUUUGGGAGUAAUGCUGAUGGUGAUUUGACGCCAAAACUAUACUCUGGUCAACGAAUAAGCCGUGAAAUUGCUGAGAGCGUUCUCAAGGGGUGGUGUGUUGGCGUGUCAGAAGAUGGUUGGCAAACAUCCAAAACCUUCUACGAGUAUAUGACCAAUUGCUUCUUCCAGUGGUUAUUAGAAACCAAAACUGAAUUCCCUGUUAUUGUUUUCGUGGAUGGCCACACGAGCCACGUCAACGUGGAGCUGGCAGAAUUUUGCAUGAGGAAUCAGAUAUUUCUUAUUUCCCUUUACCCGAAUUCCACGAGAAUACGCCAGCCUCUGGAUAGAUUGUUUUUUGGUCCUUUCAAGAAUAUUUGGACUGUGGACAAUUUCACAAACUCGAAAAGUUGUCUGAAAAAAGCUUUCAACAUUUGCGGAAUCUGCCCGUGGGAUGUAAAUGCAGUGGACUUUAGCUCUCUGCCCACGAACGCCUACAAGGUACUAGAGAAUGGCACGGCGGAGUCCACCGAAUGUGGAUCCACUACUGAUGCGGCAUGCCAAACUUCGGAAAAUGAUUAUGAACUUCAACUGCGGUGUAUCGAAAUGGGAUUACCAACCGAACAACUCUCUAGAUUUCAAAACAACCGACUUGAAGAUUUAUGGCAUGCCGAUGUGGAGCGAAGUAUGAACCAUGCUGGAUGCUGGAUGCUGAUGCUGACGACGAUGAUGACGGCGCGAUCAUCUUUGCGGCCCAUUUAUCCCAUCAGCCCGUUAGUUCUGCACCAUCGGCAACAGAUCCUGCACCAAAGCAAGUAUCAUCUACUUCAGUACCAGUAA